UUCGAUCAAGAAAGCUGAGAUUCUUUGAAGAAUCAAGAAUCAAUAUACAAGAUUCCACAAGUCAAGAAUCAAGAAUGGUGCGAACACCAUGUUGCAAAGCUGAAUUAGGGUUAAAGAAAGGAGCUUGGACUCCCGAGGAAGAUCAAAAGCUUAUCUGUUACCUUAACCGCCACGGUGAAGGUGGAUGGCGAACUCUCCCAGAAAAGGCUGGACUCAAGAGAUGUGGCAAAAGCUGCAGACUGAGAUGGGCCAAUUAUCUAAGACCUGACAUCAAAAGAGGAGAGUUCACUGAAGAUGAAGAACGUUCUAUCAUUUCUCUUCACGCCCUUCACGGCAACAAAUGGUCUGCUAUAGCUCGUGGAUUACCCGGAAGAACAGAUAACGAAAUCAAGAACUACUGGAACACUCAUAUAAAAAAACGUUUGAUCAGGAAAGGGGUGGAUCCGGUUACACAGAAUAGCUUGAUCUCCGGCAGAGGCAAAUCAGAAAAUCCCCCGGGGUUUCCACAGAAACAAAAGGUUAUUCAGACAAUAACCAGUGAUGAUGAUCUUGAUGAUGAGAAGGUGAAUAAUAACAACAAGAAGUCGGGAGUAUCAUCGGCUAGGUUCUUGAACAGAGUAGCUAAUAGGUUCGGAAAGAUAAUCAAUCAUAGUGUUCUGUCUGGGAUUAUCGGAAGUGGUGGCCCACUUACUACUACUACUACUAGUACUACAAGUGUCACCGUUGACUCUGAAUCAGAUAAGUCAACGAGCUCUUCCUUCACACCAACCUCGAAUCUUCUCUGCCAGAUGCCCGUUCACGACAACGGUAACGUUACGUCGUCUUCGUCCACGUUCUCUGAUUCAUCCGUUAACGAUCCUUUAUUAAUGUACUGUGAUAAUAAGGAUAAUAUGGGAUUCUCAAGAUUUCUGAGUGAUGAAGAUUUCAUGAUGUUGGAAGAGUCUAGUAUUGAGAACACAGAGUUCAUGAAAGAACUUACGAGGUUUCUUGAAGAGGAUGAAAAUGACGUCGUCGACGAGGUGACGCCGGUCUAUGAAUAUCAAGACAUUUUUCAAGAGAUUGAUCACUAUUUUGCAUGAGCGAAUCGAUCCGAUGCAAUGAUCUUUUUAAGAUAAUUUAUAUAUAUACCAUAUCGAUGGAUUGUUACCAUGAUGAUGAUGAUGAUAACAAUAUAGAAUAAUAACGAUGAUAAUGAACCAUGCAUGUCGCUUGGAUUGUCAUAUAUGCGUGUCGUUGUCUUGUUUCUUUUAUUAUCUUGUACGUUUGCCCUCAAGGUCUCAAGUGUGUUUCGUUUGAAAUGGAUAAAUUAAUGGUGAUGUAAUAAUAAGUUUGACGAGUGUAUUGCAUUAGUAUUCAUA